AUGGCCAGGCCAAUGCAUUCCACAUUUGCUGCUUUUUGCUUGUUCGCAGUCCCUAUCACCAUAGUCUUGAUUUUCAUUCCAUGGUUGGUGGUGUUGGUUGAGUCGGUGACUCUACAAUCGGAUAUAGAUGCUCUUCACAGCGUGAAGCAAGCAAUUGAUUCCAACACAAUUCCAGCAUCUUCAUUUCUUAAAACUUGGAACUUUCAGAUGGAUCCAUGCGAGAAUCCGGGGCCACACUUUCUAGGAAUCUUAUGCACAGUUCCUGUUGACAACUCAAGCAGCAGCAACCGAGUACUAGCAAUUAAUCUCGACCAAGCUGGAUGUGAUGGAUUUUUGUCACCGGCAAUCGGUAACCUCUCAGAGCUCACCACACUUAACCUCAACAAGAACAAUUUUAGACGCCCCAUACCAACUACCAUUACCAAUCUAGUGAAGCUAACCACACUUUCACUCUCUGAAAAUUUUUUCACCGGCAAUCUCCCUCCAAGAAUCGAUAGGCUCAAGAGCCUUAAGGUUCUGGAUGUUUCACACAAUGUACUGUCCGGCUCAAUCCCGAGACUGCUUUUUUCUGAAUUCAGAAGCUUAACCCUCUUAAAAUUGUCGAACAAUCUAUUCACUGGUAGAAUCCCUGUAGUCAUUGGAUUAUGGCAGCUUGACACCUUAGAUCUUAGUGGGAACCACCUCUCUGGGAAUUUGUCACAGUUUCCUCCAAACUUAAGAACACUUUUACUAGGCCACAAUACUCUCUCUGGCAGUAUUUCACCAGUAGCGAGGCUUAAAAGCCUCCAAGCAUUAGAUCUGAGUGCUAACAGGUUUUCUGGUUCAAUAAGCCAUGAAAUCCUCACAUUACCUAAUUUGAAUCAUGUAAACCUUUCGAUUAAUAGCUUCUGA